GCAAGAGCAGCCCGCAGCUUUUUUCGUGUGGAGAUCGCAGUUUUUCGCUUGCCAAUCGAUGGGGUUCCGGAAUUCGCAGUUUGCAGUGCAGCGCUUCUUUGACUCUGUUUGAUUUGGUUACACGGCAAUUGGCGGCAAUUAAAGGCAGUAGCAGUAGCCACUGUGUUAAUUAGUAGUAGGUCGCUAUUAUACAUAGCUCGCCGGACAAGUUGGCCCCGCGAUAAGCAAAACACUAGUUUGCCCAGUGACGAGUGGCACCGUGGAAUGCAUUUGAUUAGAUUGCGAUUUGUUUGUUGGCCCCGUCAUUGUUGUCAUUAAACAAAAGCUGUGCGGCAACCGGUUAACCUGACUUACCCGUUUCGGAUUCAUUGCCGCUUUCUUGAAUUCGCGAAUCUCGCGUUUUUGCCAGUCUUGCAGAAUGAGUUUCGGGUGUGCACCGGAAACAAACGAAAUCGAAAUAACAAUCAGCCAUUCACAAAGCCAUAAAGCACAGUGAAACACUUGAUAACGGAGCCCGAAAAUCCCGAAAACCCACGCAAGACCAGAAAAUAUAUCUCGCAGCGUUGAUUAAUUAAAUGCUGAUCCAGUGAUUUCGCGUCUGAAAUAUCAAUCGAAACGAAAAAUGUGUGUCAUAAGUGUUCAGAAGUGAAGUGCAGCCAAAUGUGAAAUACGAAAAGGCCAAAAAUGCAAUUGAUUUAAAUGAAUUUCUGUUUAAUUUGUAUAAAUAUUUCCAGCACUCGUAACUCGAGAGCCCGACGACCCACAAAAGCCGGAAAAGUGCAAGUUCAUGGCGAAAUUUAAAUACCAAUUUGUGCAAACUGAUGGGGAAAAUCGAAAUGCUAGUACCAUUUAAAGGCAGUGCGGUUUAGAAUUGCUGACGAAGAACGUUCAGAUUAAAGCAAUUAAAAUCGGCUUUCAGUCGACUAACAAUAAAACCGAAGAAAAUAGCAAGUAGUGGUUAGCAGGAGUAAUGGCAGCAGUAAAGAGCAAUUGAGCGCAUCGUUACAGCAUUAAAACAAGGGAAAUAGUUUCAAGGCGCACGGCAAACAAAGCGAGGGAAAAUGUCAGCCACUCAGCCAAAGGAUGCGGCAUUAAAGACUAAGGAAACGGCAGCUGAAGCAGCUCCAGUCCCUCUGCCCCCACCACCCAGCGCCAAAGCAACAACAAUAGCAACGGGGACGGGGAGGAAAACUUUAACCUCCAGCGCGGCUUUGUCAUUGUUUGAUCAGCUGAAAAACAGCGUCAAUUUAAACAGUUUGACAAUUGGCGCCGGCGUCGGCAACAACAACAACCCAGAGGCAACACCACCACCUACAGCAACAUCAAAAACAGCAGUUGCCACACCCACUGCCACACUGUUGCCAGCCCCCACCGCCCCCUCUUCGUCUUCGAAUAUUGAACUGAAACCCCCGGCGAAACCCGCGCGACCCUUCAGCACGCCCAGCAGCAUUGGCAUCGUGCAGGGCACGAAAAGAGGGGCGGGGGGCGUGGUCGAAGCAGCCAAAUUGGAUAUAAACGCAUUGCGAUCUCAGCUCUAUCAGGGCGCCAGGAAGACUGCAGCAACAACAACAACAACAACAACGCGAGUUGGAGCCGGCAAAACGACAACCACAGUUGUGGGAACAUCUGCAAGAACAACGAAGGGAUCAAAGAAACGGUGUCUGGAUCGAUACGAUUCAUCAGAGUCAUCAGACAGCGGCGUUGCCACCUCACUGAGCUGCGCGGACUCCAGCACGGGCUCCAGUGAGGAUGCGUCCGAUCCCGGCUCCCCGUACAGUGCGCACUCGCAACUGAGCGACCCGCCCGACCCGCUGGCCAAGAUGCCGCCCCAGAUCCUCGGAAGCGCCAGCGGCAGCAGCUCCACGGCGACCGCCUCUCCGCCCUCCGCCAGCAGCGUCACCCAGGUGGCGUCGCCCCCAUCGCCAGCCAUCCAUCACCACCAGCACAGUCAUCUCCCCCAGCACAGCGCCACCAGCGGCAGCGGCAUGUCCAAGCCGACGACGCCCCAGCGCCACGGCAAUCCCAGCCUGCUGCCCACGCUCCAGUGGCCCUGGAACACCAGUCUGGGCAGCACCUCCACCGCCGUUCCCGCCGCCACGGCCAACAAGAACAAGCGAACCGCCACAGGAUCGGGAGCGGGAGUGGGAGUAGGGAGCCCUGGCGGAGAUGCCUCCUCUCUAACCGGCAGCGGAGGAGCUGCGGCGGCCAAGAAGGCGCGCAGCGAACUGCCCAGCUCAUUUGACGCAAGCAAAAGACUGAAGGUCGCCGCCAUGGAGGAGUCGCAGACCAAGAUCACCGGCUUCUUCAAGUCCCAGAUGAAGCCAUCGCCCAACGGGGGAAAGCUUUCGCCGCAGCCCGGCCAGCAGAGCACUCCGGCCAACACGCUGACCAUGAGCACACCCGCCACCACCGCCUCGCUGAACAAGUACUUCAAUAUCCUGUCGCAGCUGAAGGAGCAGAAGGCCCAACAGCAGCAGCAGCAGCAGCAACAGCAGUUGCAGCAAUCUGCCAAAGCUUUGCCCAUACCCGCCCCCGCUGUUCCGGCUGCUCCUGUGCCGCCCGUGGCCACGCCCAGUCCCAGUUUGCCCGUGCCGGCGCUGAAAAAGAUCGAGCGCAGCACCAAGCAGCCGGCCAAGAUCGCCCAGGUGGCGCCCAAUCUGCGCAAGACGCCCAGCAGUGGAUCCUCCACCAGCUCUUCGUCCUCCUCGUCCAGCUCCUCUAAUGGCUCUAGUACGGGCAAAUCCCCGGCCAAGAAGCACGUGGCCAUUGCUCCCAGGACGCCGGAGAUGAAACAGCAGCAGCAGCAGCAGCAGGGCAAGGCGGCCAUGGUCUACCGACCGCCGGUAACGAGUCCCGCCUUGAAGCAAAAGCAGAUCUCACCACCCGCCCCCGUGGCGGCCACGCCCCCCGCCCCGGCACCACCACCAGCAGCACUCAAUCCCACGCCCGCUCCCGCCAAUCCAACGCUCUACCAGCUGCCCGUCCAGCUGCCCAAUCUAGUCCAGCUUCCGCCUCAGCUGGCGGCUGCCGCCAAUAUCAUGCAGCUGAACAACGUGGCCAAGGCGGCGGUGGCCGCUGCGGCCAACAACAAUGCGGCCGCCCAGGCAGCGCAGGCGGCACAGGCAGCGGCGGCCCAGUAUUUCCUCAACGGAACCGUCUUCAAGCUGCAACAGGUGACGACGGCGACGACGACGACAGCGACCACGGCCACCUCGGCGGCAGCCUCGACUGGCAAUCCCUUUGGUUUGCUCAAUUUGGCCACGGCGGGCAAUCCCUUUGGGAUACCCAACGCCAGCGGGCAGUUUCCCAUUGAGGCCAUUCCGGGAGCGGGAAGCUACCUGCAUCAUCAGCUGCUGCUCGCCAGGCAGAACAACAUGAGUUUAAACGAAAACAUGGCUUCCAACUCGUGCGGCAACAUGAAUUUUGUUAAUCCACUCAACAACCAGCAAGUGGGACUCAAGGACAACAAAUUAUAUAUAGUGAACUCGGCCGAGUAUCUAGGAUACUUGAUGAGCUUGCAGAUAGCGCUGAACAACCAGCAGCAUCAGCAGCAACAAAUUAUAUCUGCCACACAGCCGCCACCCUUGGCGGCCACAAACAACAACAGCAAUACGAACACUGCCACUCAGCCGCCACCAUUGGCGGCCACGAACAACAGCAAUGCGAACACUGCCAACAACAACUCGACUGCCAGCAACAGCAACAGUAAUAACCACAAUGCCUCGAAUAAUCUAAGCAACAUCAGCAUCAACAGCACUGCCAUACAGCCACAGCGGGCGAUUGUGAAGCCGCCGAUGCACAGUUCCACGCAGCCGCCGCCGCUGGUGACGAUUUCCUCCCUGCCCGCGUGCUCCUCAUCUACUGGAUCUUCGCCAGCGACGGUCAAACGAUCCCUGCCCCCAGCCAAGCCAUACCAAAAGCGGCUGACCACAAAGGGCCGCGUGGGGGCGGCUUCGAUCAUCGCCACACCCACCACACCGCCGCCUUUGGUGCCCACAUCCGCUGCCAACAAGGAGCUGGGUCAGCUGCGCAAGAGCACGGGAACCAUUGGAACAGCUACGCCGACACCAACGCCUCCGCUGGUCAGCAUCGCACCCUCGAAGCUGACGCCCACGAUAAGCGUGGCCAAGCAGGGAGCCACGAUUAAGCUGGCCACCAGUGCGCCCGAUCUCUUUGACCUGGUCAAAAACUCCAAGGUGGUGGCCAAGGUGGCGCAACCGCAGCCGCUGACGCCACUGCCCUUCAGCUCGCCGAGCAGCAGUAGCAACGGUAGCCACUGCCUAAGAGCCUCGCCAGCUUUGUCCACCUCAAACUCUUGCACUCUUUCGGCCUUCAGCAAGAUCAAGGUGGAGACAUCGGAGCUGGCUUCCCAGAACAGCUCCAUGGCCUCCUCAUCGAUAUCAUCGCCCAAGCCGCAGAGCUUCGCCGGCCAGCUGCCCAAGAGGGAACCCGAAUCGGAGGUGGAGACGCUGAAGCACGAUCUUUUGCCAGACUGCAGCAACAGCAACUCGAACUCGAAUUCGUGUAGCAGUAGCAGCUACUCGCACUCGGUCAGCUCGGCAGCCGAUCUCUCGCUGGAGGCCUCCACGCCCGCCCCAUCUCCAUCGCCCUCGGCAUCGCCAUCCGGCUUGGGAUCUCCGAGCGACAGCAGCCGGCGAGCAGCCAGCCAGACUGACAUGCUCAGCGAGCUGGUUACCUCGUCGUGCAUCUCCAGCGGCGGCGAUGACUGCUCCCAGGCCACAGACGCACCCUCACCGGCGACACUUCCGCUGCAGCAGCAGCUGGUCAAGAGCGAGGACCUGAUUCCGCCGACUCCAACGGCAAGCAGCAGCGGGAGCAGCAACUACGAUGAGGAGGACGACAAGUCGGUGGCCUCGCUGGAGACCCAUCAGACGCACAAGCGGCUGAGGGAUCUGCCCACGCCGGAGUCGGGCAUCGGUGGAAGCCUGAGCAACAGCGAGAGCAGCAAUUCCAUAGCGGAUGCCAUUUCCUCCAAGUCCGCCUCUGUGGGACCACCAACCACUGCCGCGAGCAGCGCCUCCUCCGACAGCAAUUCACUGGCCAGCAAUGCCCCAUCUCCCGCCUCACCGGACGACUGUUCUGCAGCGCCGUCGCCCUCCUGUUCCACCUCCACUGCCGCCUACAUUCCGCCCAGCACAGAGGUGGACAUUGCGAUGGUGGAGGCCAGCAGCAAGAGUCUGCCGAAGAGCGCCAUUUCGCCGAUCCUGUCGCAGCCAAAGACCAUCCGCUUUCCGGCUGGAGCAGGGGCAGGCGGAAAGGGCGGCAAGCGGCACGACGGCGUCUGCUACUGGGACAAGUGCAACAAGAAGCACGAGAGCAACUCGAAGCUGCUCGAUCACAUGCAGUCGCACCACGUCAAUUCGCAGACCGGCCCCUUUGCCUGCCUCUGGGUGGGCUGCAAGGUGUACAACAAGGAGUCUUGCUCGCGCCGCUGGCUGGAACGUCACGUGCUCUCCCACGGUGGCUCCAAGCAGUUCAAGUGCAUCGUCGAGGGCUGCGGACUGCGCUUCGGCUCACAGUUGGCCUUGCAAAAGCAUGUGAACAACCACUUUAAUGCCACGGACAACGCCAAGGAGAGCACAAGCAAGCGCACCUCAGAUCCGCCCGUGCCGAAGCAACUCCGCAAGAAUGGCAAGAAGCUGCGAUACCGCCGUCAGCCCUUCUCAGCUCGCAUGUUCGACUUCUUCGACACGGGUAUCAUGGAGGGGCUGCAGCACCGCCUACGCCAGAUUAGCACACUCACGAACGGAGCCCAGGCGAUCGAGUUCCAGGGUCAAUGCCUGAUGCGAAGGCGCAACAGCCAGGGCGGCUAUGAGUGCUUUGUGCGCUGGUCCCCGCGCGAAAUCAUUUCCGACGAGUGGCUGCCGGAGUGCUCGAAUCGAACGCGCCAGCACACCAAGGUGCUGCACAUCAAGCAGAUGCGACCGGCUGAAAAGACGCGCGUAGACAGUCUGCUCAGCACGGCCUUUCGGCUGCGCUACGACUCCCAACUUUUCGCCGACAAUUAUAAUGUCAAUGAGCAGCAGGCUGGCGAUCUGAGCGGCAGCGAUUGCGAGGAGGAUGCGGACCAAGACGACGAGGAGGUCGAGGAAGAUGAUGAGGAGGAGGAAGACGGCGGCAGUAGCUCGCGCAGUGCGAGCUGCGAGACGGUGUCCAGCUAUCAGCAGGUACUGAGCAUCGCCAAGCUCCAAAUGCAGCAGCGCCGCAAGCACCCGCGCAAACCACCCAAAGUUAUUCUGCCGGCGAGGGAGCAUCUGGUUCCAACGGACGCCCUGGUGCCCAUUUAAAGCGCUGCCAGAUUUAUAGUAUUCUCUAAGUAAUUAAGCCGUAAAGCAAACGACAAACGAGUAAACAGUGACAAGUAGACUAGUUAGUGUACGACAUUAGUAAGUUACUACCUACGCAUAUAUCCACUUAUGAAUAGAAACUAUCAGUACUCCCGCUUUGUUCUUUUUUUGUUGUGUUUGGUCCGCGUAACCAGCAGUUUAGUUUAUUGUUCCCAUCCAUAGAUCUUUGUACAUACUUCGGGAUGGAGACAGGAAUAAGAGUCAGGAGCAUUUAGUGGCCACCUUAUCGCAACCCACCCGCGCGUUCUAGCAAGUGCUGUUAUGAACAAAUGUCCUAAUUUCUAGAGUUCUAGUUCUAAUUUAGUUUCUAAAGUGUACAUUUAGUAGAGAUUUACGUGGAAAUGCCCGACUGUACAAGACUUGUUUGAAAGCCAAUUUUAUGUUGAUCUUUUUAAAUUUAAAAUUGAAAGUUACAUUUCGUUUUCUUUUUGUUGCCCCUCAUCGUAUCGUAUUGUACUCUUAGAAACUGGCCAAACUUACACUGAAAGCGGAAAAACUACGCACACAACUGAGCAGUUUUAGUUUAAGUAUAGUGAAGUGAAGUGGAAGAACACAAGACUUGAAGCAUUUACCGCUACAAAAUACGAGAAAUAUUUGUAAAACAUUUUGUACUCAACUCGAACAGCAAUGCAAACAGUUUUAAGCCUAAGUUAGACCCAUGCCCAAGACGAGUAUCCAUUAAUUUAGUGCAAAUCGAAUGCAAUUUUCGCCAAUUCAUCAGCGUCUCUAGUUCGUUUUGUGAAAAUUGGAAGAGACGGAAGAGCAUAAUGCAUAAUGUAAAUAUUAUAACAUUAACUAGUUUCGCUUUUAAACUUACAUUAAAACUAUUCAUUUAGAACUUAGCCAAG